AUGUCAGAUGAUUUCGGGUUAUCAAGUCCUAAUAUUAUUCAAACUGAUAAUAGGCCACUUGAAGUGCUGGAAAACGAUAUUUAUACUCGAGUAGAACAUAUAUCUACAUCCAAAGUGAAAGAACCUAGUGAGAGGAAUCCGCUUUGCUCAGGCAUUAUGCAUGGAAUUAAUGAAGGAAAGAUGGAAGACAAAGGACUCAUUGUUUCAGAAAAUGGCAUGAACAACAGAAACAAAGCCAUCAGAGCACAACACUACGUUGGUGCAUACGGUGAGCAGCCUUCCAGCCGAGCUCCAGAAGUAUACUUUCCAGUCAAGAACAAGGCUGAUUUUAAUUCUGCAUCAUUGUUUGAACUCCUCAGCCGAUAUGAAAGAGGGGGUAAAAAGUUGAAAGAUGAAAAUUUAAGCAAUCGAAGCAAAAUUGCAACAAGUGACCAGAAGCUGACAACAGAAGAAAUCAUAAGGGUGGCUGCUGAGAGAUACAUCCAGUUCCAAAACAAAGAUCUAGAAGGUAUCACCACUUUUAUCCACCCACGCGGUUCUGUCCUGUCAAGUCUGUCAGUGGAAGAGACAAGAGGCGCAAACCUUGCGCACCUUCUUUUAGCCGCGGCUGAUAAAAUUUUGGAUGGAAAUUUUGAUUCUGCAAGGAGAUUGCUUACAAAUUGUGAUUGCAAGGCCUCUAAAUCAGGUAAUCCAAUUGAAAGACUUGCAUCAUAUAUUUCUGAAGCUCUGCAAGAAAGAAUUCAUAGAGAAAAGGGGAGCAGAAAAAUAGGGAUUGCGAGUGAGAAGGACAGAGCCCCUAAUAAUGGCCUCUCAACAGGUCUUGACCAAACAGUUUUGGCAGCCCACAUGAAGAUUCCAUUCAGUAAGGCUUUGCACUUUGCAUCAACACAAACAAUCUUAGAACAUGUCACGACGGAAACCAGUAUACACAUUAUUGAUCUACAUAUUAGGAGUGGAAUACACUGGCCACCCAUGAUACAAGCCCUUUCAGAAAGGAAAGUUCAUCAAGUUCAGCUCCUUAAGAUAACUGCUUUAGAUACAGAAGAUAAGCAGAAGGUUGAGGAUAUUGGCAAGAGGUUAGAAAGCUUUGCGGACUCAUUGAAAAUCCCUUUUUCAUUUGACGUAGUAACUGUAGAUGACAUGAGCUAUCUAAGAAAAGAGUUAUUUGAUAUUCAAUCUGGUGAAGCGGUGGUUAUCUUUGCUCCAACAUUACUAAGGACAAUGAUCCCGAGACCUGAUAAAUUGGAAACUUUAAUGAGAGUAAUCAGAGAACUCAAUCCUCUGAUUAUGAUUAUAUAUGAAGUAGAUGCAAAUGAUAACUCAACUUCUUUUAUCAAUCGCUUUGUAGAUUCACUUUUUUUCUACAGUACAUGGUUUGACUGCUUGGAAGAUUGCUUGGACCGUGAUGAUCAGUACAGGAUGAAUCUUGAAAAAUAUUACUUUGGCAGCGGAAUUAUGAAUUCUAUUGCAAAUGAGGGAGAAGAAAGGAUUACAAGAAGUGUGAAGAUCGACGUGUGGAGAUCAUACUUUGCAAGGUUUCAAAUGGUGGAAGUUGAAGUUCCAGGAUCAUCUUUUCAUCAAGCUGAAAUGGUUCUUAAGAAGGAAUUUUCUUGUGCAAGGUUCUGCACUCUCAGUACUGACAGCAAGUGUUUUAUAAUUGGAUGGAAAGGAACACCGAUGUUUUCACUAUCGACAUGGAAGUUUAAACAAGCUCCAUCAUACUUUUGA